UCGCUCUUGUUACUCAGGCUGGAGUGCAAUGGCACGAUCUCAGCUCACUGCAACCUCCGCCUCCUGGGUUCAAGCAAUUCUCCUGCCUCAGCCUCCCGAGUAGCUGGGACUACAGGCGCGCACCACCAUGCCCAGCUAAUUUUUGUAUUUUUAGUAGAGAUGGGGUUUCACCUUGUUGACCAGGAUGAUCUCGAUGUCUCGUGAUCCACCUGCCUCGGCCUCCCAAAUGCUGGGAUUAUAGGUGUGAGCCACCACGCCCGGCCCGUGUUUUUAACAUUACAAAAAUAUUAGCUCAUUAGAUUUUUUUUUUCUUUUCUCUUUUUUUUCGGACAGGGUCUUGCUCUGUCGCCCAGGCAGAGUACAGUGGCAUGAUCUCAGCUCACUGCAGUCUCCACCUCCCAGGUUCAAGCAAUUCUCCUGCCUCAGCCUCCUGAGUGGCUGGAAUUACAGGCUAAUUUUGUAUUUUUAGUAGAGACAGGGUUUCACCAUGUUGGCUAUGCUGGUCUCAAACCCUGGACCUCAAGUAGUCUGCCCACCUAGGCUUCCCAAAGUGCUCAGAUUACAGGAAUGAGUCACUAUGUCCAGUCAGCCCAUUAGAGUUUCUGAUAGGAUUUCAAAUAUUAUGUCUUUGUCUGAAAUCAGAUCAAUAACUUAAAAAAUAUAAACUAGUUAUUUUACUCUAUUUGCUUUCAUUUGCCUUUUUUUCUGAUUUUUUAAGUAAUUAGUUCUAACAAAAUGGUCCACUUGGCUGUGCUUAUGUAUAUAGCUGAUGUCAGCAUAUUUCUUUUUGCGUGUGUAUCAUCUUUUUCUUUCAUCUACAAAGAAUAAAAUUAAUUUUUGAGUGUGUACAGUUCUCUAAGCUUUAAUAUCUAUAGAUCUGGACAAGCAACAAUCAAUACAGAACAGUUCCAUCACCUCCUCCCCAAAUUCUCUCACACUACCAGUUUGUAGUGAGACUCUGUCUCUGAUACCUAACCUCUGGCAACCACUAAUUAGUUCAUCAUCUCUGUAGUGUUACCUUUUCCAGAAUAUCUUAUAAGUGGAAUUGUACCAUAGUUAACCUUUGAGACUUGUUUCUUUCAGAAACCUUGGAGACUGGGAACUUAGCAAAAUGUCUUUGAGUUUCAUCCAUGUCAUUGAUCAUAUCAAUACUUUGUUCCUUUUUAUUGCUGAGUAUGAUUCAUUGAAGGAAUGCAUUAUAGUUUACUUAGCCAUUCACUCAUUGAGUGGCAUUUCAUGCAUUUCCAGUUUUGGAUGAUUAUGAAUAAAGCUGCUAUAGACAUUCAUGUACAAGUUUUUCUGUAAGUAUCAAGUUCUCAUUUCUCUAGAGCAAAUAUCUAGAAAUAGGAUGACAUGGUUAUACUACAAGUACAGGUUAAAGUUUUUAAGACUCUUCCAAACAGUUUCAAAGUGUCUGCCACCGUGUAUUUCCACCAAUAAUGUAGGAGAGUUUCUUCCAGCUGCUCUGCUUCCUCACUAGUACUUGGUAUUCCGCCCCCUCCAUAUAUAAAAAUGCACUUUAGGAUCAGGGGUACAUGUGCAGAACAUACAGGAUUGUUGCAUAGGUACAUACAUGGCAAUAUGGUUUGCUGCCUCCACACUCCUGUCACCUAUAUCUGGCAUUUCUCCCCAUGUUAUCCCUUCCCAACCUCCCUACCCCUCGCUGUCCCUCCCCUAUUCCCCCUAAACAGACCCCAGUGUGUGAUGCUCCCCUCCCUGUGUCCAUAUGUUCUCAUUGUUCAAUACCUGCCUAUGAGUGAGGACAUGCAGUGUUUGAUUUUCUGAUCUUGUGUCAGGUUGCUGAGAAUGAUGGUUUCCAGGUUCAUCCAUGUCCCUACAAAGGACACAAACUAAUAGUUUUUUUAAGGCUGCAUGGUAUUCUAUGGUGUAUAUGUGCUACAUUUUCCCUGUCCAGUCUAUCAUCAAUGGGCAUUUGGGUUGGUUCCAGGUCUUUGAUACUGUAAACAGUGCUGCAGUGGACAUAUGUGUGCAUGUGUCUUUAUGAUACAACGAUUUAUAAUCCUUUGGAUAUAUAUCCAGUAAUGGGAUUGCUGGGUCAAAUGGAAUUUCUAUUUCUAGGUCCUUGAGGAAUUGCCACACUGUCUUCCACAAUGGUUGAACCAAUUUAUACUACCACCAACAGUGUAAAAGUGUUCAUUUUUCUCUGUGUCCUCUCCAGCAUCUGUACAUUCUCUACAGCAUCUGUUUUCUCCAGAUUUUUUAAUGAUCACCAUUCUAACUGGUGUGAGAUGGUAUCUCAAUGUGGUUUUGAUUUGCAUUUCUCCAAUGACCAGUGAUGAUGAGCAUUUUUUCAUGUUUGUUGGCCUCAUCAAUGUCUUCUUUUGAAAAGUGUCUGUUAAUGUCCUUUGCCCAUUUUUGAAUGGGUUUGUUUGUUUUUUUCUUGUAUAUCUGAUUUAGUUCUUUGUAGAUUCUGGAUAUUAGCCCUUUGUCAGAUGGGUAGAUUGAAAAAAUUUUUUCCCAUUCUGUUGGUUGCUGGUUUACUGUAAUGAUUGUUUCCUUGGCUGUCCAGAAGCUGUGGAGUUCAAUUAGGUCCCAUUUGUCUAUUUUGGCUUCUGUUGCCAGUGCUUUCAGUGUUUUAGUCAUGAAGUCCUUGCCUAUGCCUAUGUCCUGAAUAAUCUUGCCUAGAUUUUCUUCUAGGGUUUUUAUGGUGUUAGGUCUUAUGUUUAAGUCUUUAAUCCAUCUGGACUAAAUUAUAGUGUAAGGGGUCCAGGAAGGGGUCAGGAAGGGGUCCAGUGUAAGGGGUCAGGAAGGGGUCCAGUUUCUGCUUUCUGUAUACUGCUAGCCAGUUUUUCCAACACCAUUGAUUAAACAGGGAAUCCUUUCCCCCAUUGCUUGUUUUUGUCAGGUUUGUCAAAAAUCAGAGGGUUGUAGAUGUGUGCCGUUGCCUCCAAGGCCUCUGUCCUGUUCCAUCGGUCUAUAUCUCUGUUUUGGUACCAGCACCAUGCUGUUUUGAUUACUGUAGCCUUGUAGUAUUGUUUGAAGUCGUGUAGUGUGAUGCCUCCAGCUUUGUUCCUUUUGCUUAGAUUUUCUUGGCUAUACGGCUCUCUUUUGGUUCCAUAUGAAGUUUAAGGUGGUUUUUUCCAGUUCAGUGAAGAGGGUCAUUGGUAGCUUGAUGGGGAUAGUGUUGAAUCUAUAAAUUACUUUGGGCAGUAUGGCCAUUUUCACGAUAUUGAUUCUUCCUAACCAUGAGCAUGGAAUGUUUUUCCAUCUGUUUGUGUCCUCUCUUCUUUCCUUGAGCAGUGGUUUGUAGUUCUCCUUAAAGAGGUUCUUUACAUCCUUUGUUAGUUGUAUUCCUAGGUAUUUUAUUCUCUUUGUAGCAAUUGUGAAUAGGUGUUCAUUCUCGAUUUGGCUCUCUUGAAGUCUGUUAUCAGUGUAUACAAAUGCUUGUGAUUUCUGCACAUUGAGUUUGCAUCUUGAGACUGACAAAGUUGCUUAUUAGUUUCAGGAGAUUUUGGGCCGAGUCAAUGGGAUCUUCUAACUAUAUAAUCACGUCGUCUGCAAAUAAAGACAAUUUUACUUCCUCCUUUCCUAAUUGAAUAGUCUUUAUUUAUUUUCUUGCCUGAUUGCUCUGGCUAGAACUCCCAAUACUAUAUUGAAUAGGAGUGGUGUGAGAGGGCAUCCUUGUCUAGUGCCAGAUUUCAAAGGGAAUGCUUCCAGUUAUUGCUCAUUCAGUAUAAUAUUGGCUGUGGGUUUGUCCUAAAUAGCUUUUAUUAUUUUGAGAUAUGUUCUGUCAAUACCUAGUUUCUUGAGAGAUUUUAGCAUAAAGAGCUGUUGAAUUUUGUUGAAGGCCUUCUCUGCAUCUAUUGAGAUAAUCAUGUGGUUUUUGUCUUUGGUUCUGUUUAUGUGAUGGAUUAUGUUUAUAGACUUGGGUAUGUCGAACCAGCCUUGCAUCCCAGGGAUGAAGCCUACUUGAUUGUGAUGGAUAAGCUUUUUGAUGUUCUGUUGCAAUCAGUUUGCCAAUAUUUUAUUGAAUAUUUUUGCAUCAAUGUUCAUCAUGGAUAUUGGUCUGAAGUUUUCUUUUUUGUUGAGUGUCUGCUGGUUUUUGUUAUCAUGAUACAUUGGUCUCAGAAAAAGAUUUGGUUAGGAUUCCCUCUUUUUGUAUUGUUUGGAAUAGUUUCAGAAGGAGUGGUACCAGCUCCUCUUUGUAUGUCUGGUAGAAUUUGGCUGUGAACCCAUCUGGACCUGGGCUUUUUUUGGUUGGUAGGCAAUUAAUUGCUGCCUCAACUUCAGCCCUUGUUAUUAGUCUAUUCAGGGUUUCAAUUUCUUCCUGGUUUAGGCUUGGGAGGGUGCAAGUUUCCAGGAAUUUAUUCAUUUCUUCCUGGUUUACUGGUUUAUAUGCAUAGAGUUGUUUGUAGUAAUCUCUAAUGGUAGUUUGUAUUUCUGUGGAAUUGGUGGUGAUAUUCCCUGUAUCACUUUUUUAUUGAAUCUGGUUGAUUCUUCUCUCUUUUCUAUUUUGUUAAUCUGUCUAGCAGUCUGUCUAUUUGUUGAUCUUUUCAAGAAACCAGCUCCUGGAUUUAUUAAUUUUUUGAAGGGAUUUUUGUGUCUCUAUCUUCUUCAGUUCUGCUCUGAUCCUAGUUGUUUCUUGUCUUCUGCUAGCUUUUUAGUUUUUUUGGUCUUGCUCCUCUCGCUCUUUCAAUUUUGAUGAUAGGGUGUCAAUUUUAGAUCUUUCCUUGCUUAUCAUGUGGGCAUUUAUUGCUGUAAAAUUUCCUCUAGAUACUGCUUAAAUAUGUCCCAGAGAUUCCGGUACCUUGUGUCUUCGUUCUAGUUGGUUUCAAAGAACAUCUUUAUUUCUACUUUUAUUUCAUUGUUUAUCCAGUCAACAUUCAAGAGCCAGUUGUUCUGUUUCCAUGAAGCUCUGUGGUUCUGAGUCAAUUUCUUAAUCUGAGCUCUAUUUGAUUGCACUGUGGUCUGAGAGACUGUUUAUGAUUUCCAUUCUUUUGCAUUUGCUGAGGAGUGAUUUACUUCCGAUUAUGUGGUCAAUUUUAGAGUACGUGUGAUGUGGUGCUGAGAAGAAUAUAUAUUCUGUGGGUUUGGGGUGGAGAGUUCUGUAGAUGUCUAUUAGUUUUGUUUGGUUCACACCUGAGUUUAAGUCCUGGAUAUCCUUGUUAAUUUUCUGCCUGGUUGAUCUGUCUAAUAUUGAUAGUGGAGUGUUAAAGUCUCCCACUAUUAUUGUGUGGAAGUCUAAGUCUCUUUGUAGGUUGUUAAGAACUUGUUUUAUGUAUCUGGGUGCUCUUGUAUUGGGUGAAUAUAUAUUUAGGAUCAUUAGCUCUUCUUGUUGCAUUGAUCCUUUUAACAUUAUGUAAUGUCCUUCUUUGUCUCUUUAGAUCUUUUUUCUUCUAAAGUCUAUUUAUCACAGACUAGGAUUGCAACUCCUGCUUUUCUGUGCUCUCCAUUUGCUGGGUAAAUCCUCCUCCAUCCCUUUAUUUUGAGCCUAUGUGUGUCCUUGCAUGUGAGAUAGGUUUCCUGGAUACAGCACACAGAUGGGUUUUGACUUUUUAUCCAAUUUGCCAGUCUGUGUCUUUUGAUUGGGGCAUUUAGCCCAUUUAUAUUUAAGGUUAAUAUUGUUAUGUGUGAAUUUGAUCCUGCCAUUUUGAUGCUAGCUGGUUGUUUGCCCAUUAGUUGAUGCAGUUUCUUUAUUGUGUCAAUGUUCUUUACCAUUUGGUAUAUUUUUGGAGUGGCUGGUACUGGUUGUUCCUUGCUACAUUUAGUGCUUCCUUCAGGAGCUGUUGUAAGGCAGGCCCGGUGGUAAUAAAAUCUCUCAGCAAUUGCUUGUUCAUAAAGGAUUUUAUUUCUCCUUCACUUAUGGAGCUUAGGCUGGAUAUGAAAUUCUGGGUUGAAAGUUCAUUUCUUUAAGAAUGUUGAAUAUUGGCCCCCACUCUCUUCUGGCUUAUAGUGUUUCUGCUGAGAGAUCCACUGUGACUCUGAUGGGUUUCCCUUUGUGGGUAAUCCGACCUUUCUCUCUGGCUGCCCUCAGCAUUUUUUUCCUUCAUUUCAUCCCUGGUGAAUCUGAUGGUUAUGUGCCUUGGGGUUGCUCUUCUUGAGGAAUAUCUUUGUGGUGUUCUGUGUGUUUCCCAGACUUGAAUAUUGGCCUUGGUAGGUUGGGGAGGUUCUCUUGUAUAGUAUCCUGAAGAAUGUUUUCCAGUUUGGAUUAAUUCUCUGGGUCAGAUUCAGAUACACCUAUCAAAUGUAGAUUGGGUCUUUUCACAUUAUCCCAUAUAUCUUGGAGGCUUUGUUCAUUUUUUUUCACUCUUUUUUCUCUAAUCUUGCCUUCUCAUUUUAUUUCAUUUAGUUGAUCUUCAAUCUCUGAUAUCCUUUCUUCUGCUUGAUUGAUUUAGCUACUUAAACUUGCAUAUGCUUAGUGAAGUUCUUGUAUUGUGUUUUUCAGCUUCAUCAGGUCAUUUACAUUCUUCUCGAAGCUGUUUAUUCUCCUUAGCAUUUCAUCAAACCUUUUUUUCAAGAUUCUUAGUUUCUUUGCAUUGGGUUAGAACAUGUUCUUUUAGCUCAGAGAAGUUUGUUAUUACUCACCUUCUGAAGCCUGUUUCUGUCAAUUAAUCAGACUCAUUCUCCCUCCAGCUUUGUUCCCUUGCUGGUGAGGAGUUGUGAUCCUUGGAGGAGGAGAGGCAUUCUGGUUUUCAUCCUUUUUGCACUGUUUUCUUCCCAUCUUCACACAUUUAUCUACCUGUUUUCUUUGUAGUUGGUGACUUUCAGAUGUGUUCUCUAAGUGGAUGUCCUUUUUGUUGAGGUUGAAUUUAUUUCUUUCUGUUUUUCAGUUUUCCUUCUAACAGUCAGUCCCUCUACUGUAGGACUGCUGGAGGCCCACUCCAGACCCUGCUUGCCUGGGGAUCACAUACAAUGGUUGCAGAACAGUAAAAGUUGCUGCCAGUUUCUUUCGUUAUCUUCAUUCCAGAAGGAUACCUGCCAGAUGUCAGCCUGAGCUCUCCUUUGUGAGGCAUCUCUUUGGAUACACAGGGGUCAGGGAGCUGCUUGAGGAGACACUAGGGGCUCAAGUGCUGAGCUGUGAGCUCUGUUGUUUCAUUCAGAUCUGCUGGGCAGGUAUGUUUAAGUCUGCUGCAGGGGAACUCAUAACUACCUUUUUUUUUCAGGUGCUCUGUCCUGGGAAGGUGGGGCUUUAUUUAUAAGUUCCUGAUGUGGGUUUUGAAGACACUGCCACCGCCUGGAGCCUUGUAGUAUCAGCCAUGGUCAAUGUUCUUCAACAUUGCCAUCGACAGUGAGCCCUUGGGCCGCAUCUCCUUCAAGCUGUUUGCAGACAAGUUUCCAAAGACAGCAGAAAGCUUUCAUGCUCUGAGCACUGGAGAGAAAGGAUUUGGUUAUAAGGAUCCCUGCUUUCACAGAAUUAUUCCAGGGUUUAUGUGUCAGGGUGGUGACUUCACACACCAUAAUGGCACUGGUGGCAAGUCCAUCUAUGGGGAGAAAUUUGAUGAUGAGAACUUCAUCCUAAAGCAUACAGGUCCCAGCAUCUUGUCCAUGGCAAAUGCUGGACCCAACACAAACAGUUCCCAGUUUUUCAUCUGCACUAUAAAGACUGAGUGGUUGGAUGGCAAGCAUGUGGUCUUUGGCAAGGUGAAAGAAGGCAUGAAUAUUGUGGAGGCCAUGGAGCACUUUGGGUCCAGGAAUGGCAAGACCAGCAAGAAGAUCACUGUUGCUGACUGUGGACAACUUUAAUAAGUUUGACUUGUGUUUUAUCUUAACCACCAUACCAUUCCUUCUGUAGCUCAGGAGAGAACCUUUCCACCCCAUUUGCUCUCAGUAUCCUAAAAUCUGUGCUCUCACUGCAGUUCCCUUUGGGUUCCAUGUUUUCCUUGUUCCCUUCCAUGCCUAGCUGGAUUGCAGAGUUGAGUUAAAUUUAUGAUUAUGAAAUAAAGACUAAAUAACAAUUGUCAAAAAAAAAAGUUCCUGAUGUGCUGCUGCCUUUUUUCAGAGACACCCUGGCCAGCUAGGAGGUUGCCUAGUCACAGUCUGCCUGCAGAGGUGUUGGCUGAACUGCCAUAGACUCUGCCCAGCUGCUGUGUGAACUUCCUUGCAAUUUUGUUUAUAGAGGUAUAGUUAUAAUGGCCUGGGUAAUGGCAGUCUGCCUCAGUAAUGGCGGACUGUCUCUGUAAUGGCAGCCUGCCCCAGUAGUGGUGGACUGCCUUGGUAGGGGCGGACGCCCUUCCCCCCACAGAGCUGGACUGUCCUGGGUCCAACUGCACUUGCUAUAAAACUCUCAGUCUAGAGCAUUUCGGAUUGUUGGUCUUUGUGGGGGGGAGGACCCACUGAGCCAGAUCACCUGGCUCCCUGUUUCAAGCCCCUUUUUUUCAGUUGAAUGGGUGGCUCUGUCUACCAGGCAUUCCAGGCACCAGUUGAAACAACUUCCCAGAUUUGUGUAAGUUUUUGUGUCGAGACCUGCUGCGCCGGCUGAUCAGCAGUGCUGGAAACUCAUGGCACUUUUCAGCCUGGGAAUCUCCUGGUCUGUGGGCAGCAAUAACUGGUUUGGAAAUGCAGUGAUCACUCACCCUCUGCAUUGUUCUCGCUGGGAACUACACUCCAGAGCUGUUCCUAUUUGGCCAUCUUGGAUCUGCCUCUGAUGUCAGCAUAUUAAUAGCCGGAUGUAGAUGACUUAUCUUGAUCUCUGGUCUCAUCACUGCUGUCACCAUCAACAUUGUUACCAAGCAUAAGCUGGGCAAUGCAAGGCAAUUAUUUUCUGACCCUUGUAAUCUGCAUAGUUUGGUUAUCUCCUAGAUACAAUCUCCAUAAAUACUGUUUUUUGGGUUCUGGAAACUAAAGUGGACAGAUGGCAUGGGGGACAUAACCACCAAUUUUACCCAAGUAUAUAAUAGUUCUGAGUAUAUAAAGAAAGCUUGAGUAUUUCUUGUAGUCAGCAUGACAUUUUGCUCAUAAGUUUCCAACAUAAGGUAAAUUUUGAAACAGAAAGGUGAGGAAAAUAAAGCUUUAGGACUGUUUUCAGCCUGGUAUUUUUGAGGAACAAGGGACAGAGUCUGGUCAUCAUUCCAAUUUGCAUCUUUGGAUUAUCAUAAUCGACUAUGUCCCAGAUGGAUAUUAGCGUAUUGGUAGGGCACGGGCAGCUAAGUGGGCAAAAUUUUUAAAAAGCUACUGGAUUGGCUUGAACCAUUUCCUUAAAAUGGCAGAUUAGUUUUACAAGUGGUGUUUUUAAUACAGCUUCAUUGCAAAGCAGAUUUGUGUAAUUUGGCCACCUGCUAUAAACAUCAAUUUUAAUCAAUCACAUAUAUCUUUGCCAAUAUAGUUUAUCAGUGGUAAAUGUUUAAAGAUUUUGAAAUAAAUUUCAUGAUAAAAUUAAGCAGCCAUCUGGAAUUAUAAUAUAGAUUUUUUUCUAAAUGGUUUGCAAGUCAUAAAUUCUACAUACUGUAUAUAGAGAAUACACACAGUAAGUGUAUGUUCAUUUUGUCCCUGUUUACAAUAUUAUUUUUGAGGAUAUUUUAUUGUGAAUAAUACAGAAAAUUUACCUUCUGAACAGGUCCUAUCAACAGUUACAGACAGAAAAACAUUUGAGCUCUGCCAGUCUAGACCUGUGUGUUUAGAUAGUGAGUCCAGCUAUUCUUGCCAUAACUGCUUAGUGAUUAUGAUUCAAUCUCUGCAGCUUUUCAGUCAGUGUGAAAUUAUUGUAAAAAACAAAAUCUGCCUUCUGAUAUAUAUUUCAAGUGAUACUGCUUUAAUAAUGUACCCCGAAUCCAAGUAUAAUUUAUAAGAAAAAUGUUGUAUUAUCCUGCAUAUGCAAGUUAGAUAUCCUCCCCAUCAGAGUAGUAACUUCCCAAACUGUUUAGGAAAGAUACAGCCAAAGACUUUGCAUAAUGAUUAUAUUGCAAUCUGGAUUUGUGAAAUCAAAGGUCUUGGAUAUCUAAAUUAGUAGGAAUAACACAACCCCUCAAUCCACUUAUUUCAGUACAUGGCUUAUUUUAGGUUUUCUUUUCUUAGGCUUGUUUUGGAAUAAUUGAUUUAUUCAUUACUAGUAGUAAGGAAUGUGGGGAUUUUUACCUCUUAUUUUAUACCCCUUUUAAUACUUCUUUUAUGGCUCAUUUUAACAUGCCACCUGUGGGGGUUUCUCCUUAACAUAUCUAGUAUUCUUCCAGCUAAAAACAUAUUUUAUUAGUAUUAUGGCUUAUCUUACCAUUAUUCAAAAUCACAGGUCUUGAAAAAAAGGCUGGAUGCAAAUGUAAAAUGUAAAAAAGAACAAAAAUACACUUUAAAAAAGGUUUUGGAUUACCAAUAUAAUGUUCAUUAUUAGCACUUUUAAAUUAAAUUAUUUUAAAGCCAAUAGGGAUGAAAUCCUCUACUUUUGAUUUCUGUGUCAUUAUUACAAAUACUGUAUAUGGGAUAUAUCCUACUUUAUAGGGAUUAGCUGUAAACAUGCAAAGAAAACAAGAAUCAUAUAACCAGUCUUAUGGUAUUUAAGAUUUCAUCUAAAAUCAAAAUAUUUUAUAUAUUUGGUGUGUAUCCUUAGGUUAUCACUUUAUAUAGAAAGAUGUGGAAGUCUUCAAUACUUAACAAAACACAUAUAAUAGGCUGGAUAUUUACCUAUAUAAUCUGAUAUAAAACUCCUAUGAGGUAACUAGGGCUGACUCUAGAUAACAAAUCAUCAUCAAUGUACCACAGGAUGUCUCAUGUAAGUGAUAUUUGCGACACAACUUGAUGUGUGGUAUAAUAUUCACAGUUAGGAAUAAGCAUAUGUUUGGAAAUAUACAGGAGGAAGCAACUCACUCUUCCUUGAAUAGUAAUGAUUUCACAGAGAAAUUGAUAUUUAUACUGGGCCACGAGGAAUGUAUAGGAAUUUAUCUGGUCAAAGUUGGAGGUGAAGAAUAUUCCAAUAAAGAGUAUGAAAUAAUAUAGUCAGUUAAGGGAAAGCCAAGAAAUUGAAGUUCAUAAGAUUGGGAAAGUAAACAAGAUGGUGAAGAAGUGGAAUAAGGGGCUUCAAAUUCAUCUAAGGUCAGAUUAUGAAGGGCAUCAUUGCCAAGAUAAGGAAAUAUUCUGCAGGCAUGCAGAGCUAGCCAGUAUUUUUAAAGCAAGAAGACUGACAUCAAUUUAUAAACUUUUAUAAAGAGAUUAUCAAGUCAUAUUGUGGAGGUUCUACCAAACAGGAACAGAUUGAUAGCAGUGCCAAUUACACAAAAAUGGUACUAAUCUAUUAUUUUAUUUUUAGCAGAAAAUGAAGCCGUGGGUUUUUCUAGGAAGAGUUCUCUUAUAUGUAACUAAUCAGCAUUGGUUUACUGCUAGAUUACAAUAAAAUAUAUAAAGAUUAGAUAACAUUGUUUAUACUUAAUUUUUUGCAUUUUUUUAAUUUUCAACAAGACAGUUUAUCAUCAUGAUUGAAUAUAUCUUCAUUCUUGUUUCUUCACAUUUUUUAAAAUAAUUUUUUUCAUAUGUCCAAGUUACUAUUAAUCAUCCAUGUGGUUGAAAGAGGCCAUGAGGUUGAUAAAUGAACUCCAUUGUAGCUAAAACAACUGUUUUUAAAAAUAAAUAUGUCUUCUCUAUCAAGAUUUUGAAGACAUCUAAAAGCAAAAGCAAUGGAUCUGUUUUACCUUCCUUCCCUGACACUUCCUCCAAGGCAAACACAAUGUAAAUUGUUAGAAAAAUAUUCAAAAGGCAGCUGACUGAAAAGAAAAGGUGAAGAAAAUACAUAAAUGAGGAGCACACCAAAAGACAAUUUAAUUCUUGUACAAAGCAAGUUGAAAAGACAAAACAUCAUUGACUUUGGAAAGUAGGAACUCUUGCUAUGAAGAUUAUUACUGUUAUAAACAAUGUCUUUAUUUUUUAUUCUGUCUUGUUUAUACUAUUCAAAAUCUCUACUGUGAUAGAUUAUGAAACAGAAUAUUCUUGUGCCUGAAAUUGAUGGUCCAUGUCAAAUAUUGUUUGAUGGUUUUGACUUGAUUUGACAAGUCAGGUAAAUCAAAACAAUCAGGGCUCUAUACCAUGUCUAGUGCAAUUAAACUGUCAAAAUUUAGAUGUUUUGUAAUAGCAAGGCAUAUUAAUUGUUUGCUGCAAGGAGUUCGAAGUCCUUAGCUGUCCUUCCAGUAUGGAAAAUGUUAAUUUUAGUGAAUGUGUAAAGGAAUAGUUGGAUUAACUUUUGAGCAAAGCAAUUUAUUUCCUUACUUAAUGCAAGACUAGUACUAAUGAUUCUGGUAACAAUUGUCAUAAAGAUGAUUCAUAUUUUUCUAUGUGGCUUUAUAAAUGCACCAUCUAGCAUAAGAUAGAAGAUUCUAGUUUAAUUGCUAACAUUUAUCUUUUUGGGUCUCAUUUUCUCCCUGGAGUAACACUUCUAAAAAUGAUUUAAAAAAAUCAUUACUUAAAAGAUUGGGCUUUAAAAUUGGAAUUCAAGGUUAUUAGAUAAAAAUUUCUGUGGGGGAGGAAAGCACAUGUAUUAUCCCGUUAUAUGUUAUUUUGUCUGUUAAGCCAUAGAUAUAAUUAAAGGGUUAAUUGUUAUAAUUGUCUUUGGAGGUCUAAGUUUAGAUUGAAUAAGCAAUUGAAACUUUCUCUUUUAAAUGUAAAAAAGUAAAUGUAAAAAAUUUGCUUUACAGUUAUCCUUUUAAAUAAGCGCUUACAUGAGAGUUCUUUUCUGUCAUUCUCCAUCUCUUGCCCUCUGCCUCCUCCAACCUCCAUUUCUUCCUUUUUGCCUCUUUUCCCUCCAUAAAUAUUUACUGAGAGAUUACUGAAUGAAUAUAAAAUGUAUUAAUGUAGUGAUGAAUACAUUGCCAUACAAACAAAUGCAAAACUUUCUUAGAUGAAAAACGCUGUUAAAAUUAGUUUCGAGCAAUAUUUAAAGAAGGGAAGGGCCGGACUAUUGGGGGAAAGACAUCAUGAGUGGGCAGUAACUACAUCAGGACAAAAUUGACCAUGCAGGAGCAAGUCUAUAAGUCCAGUUACGUAGAAGGAGUCUUAGAGGCACUGUAGGACUGGUGGGCAAGAAGUAAUGUUCAAGCUAGCAGAGAGGGAAAUUCUAUUAGAUGACAGCACAGCUCGAGUAAGGAAAUAAUAAACAAAACUAAAGUUCUAUAUGGCCUUUUAGCAAGCCCUCAUGAGGGAAAAUCACAUGGUACAAAAAAGGGCAUUGGCAAUAAGGAAAAGGGAGGCACAAGCAAUAUUGGGCUAUCAAAGAGGAUAGAUUCAUUUUAGGAGAAAUCAAGUCACUUUGGCUUCAGCAGGGAACAUUGGUUGGUCCAUAGUGUGGAUAGGCAAACAGGGUGAACCUUUGUGAAAAAUAUUAAUUUAAAUGGAUUGGUUGACUGCUAUUGCUGUUGUUGUUUUGUGGAGAGAUUAUGGCUAUCAUGCAAUUAAAAUAGUAUCUAAGGAGGACAAUUUCAGAAAACAUAGUGAUUAAGAGCAUGUACUUUAGAGUUGGACUGCCUGAAUUCAAAUCCUAGUUUCACUGUUUACAGACUGUGACUUUGGGCAAAUUAUUCAACCUCUUUUUACCUCAGUGUUCUCAUAUUUAAAAUGGGGAAAAUAAUAGCACAUACCUCCAAAGAUUGCCAUAAACAUUAAUUGAAAUAUUUGUAAAGUGCUUAGAAUAAUACCUGGCCAAUAGUAAAUGGUUGUUAAGUAUAUACAUAUAUAUGCGUGUAUGUGUGUUGUGUGUGUAAGAAAGUCCGUCUGCUUGAGUAGUUCAUGACAGAAAUAAUAAAUACUACCGUUUUAGGGGAGAAAAAGGCAAAAGUAUAAUAAUGUUUGAAUCUGAAGUAAAGCUUGCAGUAUGUAAAUGAUGGAGUGGAUCUAGAGUUUAUUUCUUCUACUUUUACAAGGCCAUUCUAGCAUGUUCUUGCUCAAACAUGCUAAAUUAGCCUAGAAGUGUUCUUAGCUCGGCCACGUAAGUAUUAACAGGAUCUAAAGUUUCAGAUUACUACUCGAUGGAACAAGGACUAUUGAGAUUCCAAAAUCUUUAGAGUCAGCAAAAUUAGACCAAGCUUCUCUUUCUAGGAGUCUUGAGAAUAUUCGGUGCUAGAAACCUUGAUACUUCUGUGAACACCAUAUUGCAUAGUCUACAUAAAUCCAGACUCCAAACAAACAUGUCAAACACAAGACCUAAAAGGAUUUUAGAGCUGUUUCAGAGGCUAUUACCUGUAUUUACCUCAUUAAUGAAUUGCUCGUCCUUGUGAUUUGUGAAAUUUUCUGUGGGUGGCACAUGGGACUUUUUGACAUUUGCAAGUCUCAUUCAAAUAUUUUAGUCUGCGAUGUAUCCAUUUGGAGAGUCCUAAAAAUAUGAAGAUAUUUUGUAGAAAUUUGAGAAUGAUGCUGAUUAAGAAAUGGUUAAUUGCCUGGUUGAGAGGUUGAUUCAGAUUUUCUGUUAUUCUAGGGAGAGGUUCUAUUGAUGACAAAAAUGUAAAUUUCUUUCUAUGUCAUGUUGUUCAGUCUGUGGAGAGUAGCAAAGAAUUAUUCUUUACAGUAUGUUUUCUAAUGAUUUGUCCAAACUGAUUUUGUAUUCCAGAGUCACAUACUGCUCUUGGGUGUUUCUCCCCACAUUUCCCUUCAGUGGAUUAUUUAUACUUUUAACAAAAUGAUGAAUGGGUCUUUGUAUAUUCUAAAUGUGUUUGCUUUCUCUGGAGAAUCUGAGUGAAACAAGUACAUUCUUGCAGAAGAAUCCUAAUAUGGUUACCUAUUCCUUUGAAAUUGGUUUUAUCUUUGAUUCUGAGAAUUCUCUACAAAUUGAAUGCUGUAUAUUAAAAAGCUACAAUAUUUCAUAUUUUUAAUAGCAGAGAUAAAAUUGUAGAAACAAGUUACAAUAGAGAAAGGAUUUGAGGUUUUUUUCUGGAGAGCAGUAUUUCAUACCAUAAAAUAAAUCCACUUAGGGAUUUAUAGAAUAUUUUCUCUACAUAUUACUAUGAAACUUUUAAGACAUAAACUUUUUAUACUCUUUCCUGGAAAUCCUUUCUCUCUGUUGCCCUUCUCUAUACCCCUCCCCAUUAUUAUACUUUGAUACUUAAGCAUUUCACUGCAAUUUUGACCUAAGAGAUGUAUCUGUUUGUUUCCAUAGAGUAACAUGUUUAUUUUAGAGAAGAAAGAAUAUGGCAAAGUAAAGAUAUAGAGCAACUGAGACACAAAAUUCUGCAGAGACUUGCUUCAUUUUUUCCUUCCUAUUUAAUCAAAGUACUAUCAAAAGUUCUAUAUAAAUUUCUCAAAUUAGAAUGUAGGAAAUAUCAUUCAGAGAUAUAAAAAAUAUAAUUAUGAACAUAUGCAUAGGUAAUAGUACAGAAUGUUGCAUGAGCUGAAAAUGUAUAUAAGCUUAGCAGUCAUUGACUGUACUGAAAAUUAUUUCUAAGAUGGACUUCAAUAAACUACAGAUGUUUAAGUUUUUUAAAAUUGGAAGCUCAGAUCAAGGCACUGUGUUACUUAUAUGGGGAUGUAUGCAUAUGCAUGACUUGGUCCAUACUUUCCAGAAAUUUAUAUUUUAGUUGAAGAGGAAAGAAGUAGAUACCAUGAAGAUACAAUCUACUUUGGGUGUGGCACAGAUUUUUCUGUAACUCAGAAGAAUAAAGGCAUUUUUUUUUAUUGCAGUAGUUUGUGGGAAACAAGUGGUGUUUGGUUACAGAGACAAGUUCUUCAGUGGUGAUUUCUGAGAUUUUGGUGCACUCAUCAAAAUCAGUGUACACUGUAUUUGAUGUAUAGCCUUUUAUCACUCACCACUCUGCCACUUUUCCCCCUGAAUCCCCCAAAGUCCAUUGUUACCAUUCUUGUGAUGCCAUUGCAUUCUCAUAGCUUAGCUCCCACAUAUAAGUGAGAACAUAGGAUGUUUGGUUUUCUAUUCCUCAGUUACUUCAGUUAGAAUAAUGGUCUCCAACUCUAUCCAUGCUGCUGCAAAUGCCAUUAUUUUGUUCCUUUUUAUGGCUGAAUAGUAUUCCAUGGUAUAUAUAUGUAUAUACCACAUUUUCUUUAUCUACCUGUUGAUUGAUGCUAUUUGGGUUGGUUCCAUAAUUUCAGAAUUGCAAAUUGUGCUGCCCUAAACAUGCACGUGCAAGUGUCUUUUUCAUAUAAUGACUCCUUUUCCUCUGGGUAAUACCUAGUAUUGUGAUUGCUGGAUCAAAUGGUAGGUCUACUUUUAGUUCUUUAAGGAAUCUUCAUACUGUUUUCCAUAGUGACUGUACUAGUUUACAUUCCCUCUAGCAAUGUAAAAGUGUUUCAUUUAAAAAAAAUUUUAGUUAUGGCGGCCAACAUCCAUUUUUUAAAUUUUUUAAUUAUGGCCAUUUUUGUCCGAGUAAGGUGGUAUCUUGUGGUUUGAAUUUGCAUUUCCCUGAUAAUUAAUCUUGUUGACCAUGACCUAUUUUGGGUAAACGUUUGGUUUUGGGAAGUGCUUUGGAGCUUCUGAGUCCAGCCACUGAGCUCGUCAUCUAUGGUUGUAUAAAAUCCAUUUUCAUUGUAUGUCACAAUUUGAUCAAGUAAUGGCUUGAUGUUUUUUGUGUUGAAUGAGAGACUGACACCUCAAAACAACAUUUAAAAAAAAUUUUCACGCAGCUCAUGAGGCACCUACUUAUCAAGCCUUUUCACCUAUCCAAUUUGCUUCAAUUACCAAAUGACCAUAGAAUGGUCAACAUUGAGUCCUUCUGCAACUUCUUGUGUAGUUGUAGGUUGAUUAGCUUCAAUGAUGGCACUCAGUUAGUCAUUGUCAACUUCCGAUGGCUGGCCACUACACUCCUCAUCUUCAACACUCCUGCCUCCUUUGUAAAACUUAUUGAGCUGCCACUGCACCAUAUGUUCAUUAGCAGUUCCUGGGCCCAAUGUAUUGUUGAUGCUGUGAGUAGUCUCUGCUACUUUAUGACCCAUUUUGCACUCAAAUAAGAAAAUUGCUUGAAUUUGCUUUUUGUCUAACAUCACUUCCAUAGUCUAAAAUAAAUUGUAAGUAAGUCAUUAGCAAAAAAACACAAGGCAAGAAAUGCUUAUGAAAAUGAUGCAUAACAUAACCACAUUUAUUUAAGAACAUAUUCCAAUAUCAAAUGGCAAAUUUCAACAAUGCAAAAACCACAAUUACAUUUGCACCAACCUAAUAACUGUGAAAUAUACUUUGCUCUAGGUUGUUUCUGUCAAUGCAGCUGACUAGUUACAGUCAUACUAGGCACUGGGAAUUCCACGGAAGGUGCAACAGUUCACACAGAUCACCAGUCCUACACUCUGCUUGGUGUAAAUUUAUAUGCAUUUCAAAAUUUUAAAUUAAAAAAUAUUUAUUAAGUACUUUUUAUAUUCAAGGGGACUGUAAAGGGCAAUGAAAAUAAUUUUCUAGAAGAGUAGAAAGCAGAAUUUGUCUCCAAAAAAUUAACAAUCCGUCUAGGAAAGCAAUCAUACUGAAAAGUCAAACCAAACAAAUCAAAGUUUUAAUGAAGCAUAGUUAAAGAAACUCAGAAAAAAAGAUGUCUAAUUCUGUUUGGGGGUGUCUGGUAAGCUAUGACCAGAGGAGUAAAUCUCAGGAUAAGUCCCAAAGAUAGACCAAGUAGGAAAGGGCAUUUUAGGCAGAGGAAACUGAAUAGGCAGAUACACCAAAGUGGUGCAGAGAAUCCUAAGGAAAUUGUAAACUAAAUAGUAGAGUGCUGAUGGAGUUGUCAAAGGCAUGACCCCAGAGUGUGGCAAAGGCCAGCUCGUGUGAAAUGUCUGGCACAUUAGCCUGAGGUAAAGUGUUUUGAAGUGUAGUCCUUUGAGUCCUAUAAUGGUAGAAGAAAUAAUGUUGUCAUAAUCCCUAAACAUAUUAUGUCAAGACAUAGCACAAAUCUAUGAAGUGUUAUGAAACAGGAUGUUGCAGUCUAAUGUUAAGCAAGUGGUCAUUUUUCAUGGUGAAUCUAGAUUCCCUGGGGUGAAGAAGAGUCAGAGCAUAAAUAGAUACAGAAAGUUUAAUGAGCUUUGAAAGGCAAUCUUUAUCAAGUCAGAGUGUAGAAGAGUCACAAAAUGAAUAACACAAAUGUAUUAAUUUAUCUAAUAAAUAUUUAUGAAUUGCCUUUAAUGUAUCCCUGUAGGAGACGAGAGUCUUGCUCUUGAGAAUUUCAUAGUGUACCACAAACAUUAAGAUCUUUGAGUCUUAAGAAGAACCAAAGUAAUAGAAUUGGCUAGAUGAUGCUGUGGCUACUUCUGACCCCCCAGGUGUCCUGAGUGAAUAAUAUUGCUGAUCUGGCAAGAGUGGGAAGUUUAAUGAACAAUUGCAUUUCUUAAUGUGCUUGUAAGUGUUUCUUUUGUGAACUGAAUGUUAGCCUAUUUAUAAGACAUGCCAUAAAGUGAUCUAGUAAGAACUCUUUAAGCUCAUGCUACAAACUUGGGGUUGUGAAAAAUAAAGCAAAUAAGUUAGUAUUUUUCAUAUAUAAUGAAAGGAUAAAAGUUGUGGAUGAGUAGAACAAAGAGAUAGGUUUAGCAAUCAUAAUACACAAAGUCAUUUGGUGGGCUGUAUCCAAACGUUCACUGAUUUUUUUUUCAUGUUUUGUCCUAGGACCUUGAGACUCAGGUGAAUCUGGUUUCCUCCCCAACCUCAGGGGUGAAGCUUGAUUAGUCCAGGCCAGUUAUGGUAAUUCCAUACCUGUGUCAAGUGACUCAUUCUGGUAUGGACAUAGGAUGACAGAAUUUUGACAAGAUGUGAAGGGAAAUCAGUGGAGUAGCUUCUGAGAUAGUUUUAGCCAUUCUUACUUAGGAUAGAAAGAUGGGAAAAUGCCCUGUCUUUAUUCUGACUUUUCAGUAUUACUGCGUGAGGAUGUGCUAUUUGAAGCUGUCGCAGCCAUCUUGCUAUCAUGAAGGGCCAGAGGACAUAUUUCUACUUUCUAAUGAUGGCAGUAUGGAAGGGAUGAAAGGAAGAAAGUUAUUUUUGAUACAAUGAACAGAGGAAUUAACCAGCUAACCAUUCUUGCCCUGCCAUGACUCUAAAUUCUUAUGUAACAUAGAAAAUGUAUUUACAAAAGCUGAUUUUGUUUUAAUUGUUUUUCUUUUCCUUGGAGUUGAAAGCAUUCUGGGGAGGGAGAUGUUUUUUCUAUCCUAUUAUUUUUAGCACCUGGAAGCCUGCAAAUUAAACAACAACAACAAAACUCCAGAUCUAUAGGUGUAAGUGUAUACACUUCUUAAAAUUUUAUUGAAGUAUGAUUGACAUACAAAAAAUCUGUACAUAUUUAAUGUAUGCAACUUUAUGAUUUUGAAGAUAAGUAUACAUCCAUGAAGCUAUCACUACAGUCUAUGCCAUAAACCUACUCAUUACAUACAAGAGUUUACUUCUGACUUAUCUAUUAUUCUUAUUAUUUCAUAUGAUACAAAAAAGAAAAUAAUUUAAAAUGUCACCAUAAAGAAGCAUCAAAACACAAAGAUGGACAACAUGAGAUGAAGAAAGGAACACAAUAACUGCAAAAUAUUCAUUAAAAACACUUAACAGGAGGGAACAAUCCAAGAUGGCUGAUCGCUAACAUCUCGGGAUUGCAGCUCCCAGUGAAAGCUCAGAGAACGAGAGGAUGCCACACUUUCAGACAAAUUUUCGUUGCUCACAGAGCAGAAGAUUCCCAGUGGAGGAGCUCCACGGGUCGCCAGCACAACUAUUGUGGCCGGCACAGCGGUUUCGCCGGCACCUCGGUGCGGCAGCUCUCGGUGCAGAGUAAACGGGACUGGUUCCCCUUCUGACCGAGGUUUGGAGGAGCCACAUGGGUCACCAGCACGACUCUUGUGGCUGGCGCAGUGGUUGUGCUGGCACCUCAGCAUGGCAGCUCUUGGUGCAGAGUAAACGGGACUUGGUCCCCUUCUGACCGAGGUUUGAAGCUCCAGGAAGGCAGAGUCGCCUACUACAAACUCAAGAAGGAAGCCAGACGGGAGAUUCCCACGCAGAAAAGCACCAUCAGUCUUAACGCCGCUGUUUUGGCCGGCAGUGGGUUGCUCAUAUUUUGGCCCAGGGAAUUAACAACUUGGGCAUCCACUCAGAGACCUAAUUUGACAGUUGGUAAUUACAAAGAUGACAGGUGGAUAAAUUUACAAUGAUGGGAAGAAACCAGUGUAAAAAGGCUGAGAAUGCUCAAAAUCAGAAUGCCUCUCCCUCUAAAGAGGAUCACAGUUCCUCAUCAACAAGGGAACAAGGCUUGAUGGAGAACAAGCGCAUCCCAUUAACAGAAUCAGGCUUCAGAAGAUGGAUAAUAAGAAACUUCCGUGAGUUAAAAGAACAUGUUGUAGCCCAAUGUAAAGAAACUAAAAACUUUGAAAAAAGGUUUGAUGAAAUCCUAAUGAGAAUAGACAACUUAGAGAGGAAUAUAAGUGAAUUAAUGGAACUGAAGAAUACAAUACAGGAACUCCGAGAAGUAUGCACAGUUUUAAACACUCGAAUUGUUCAAGCAGAAGAAAGGAUAUCAGAGGUCAAAGUCCAACUUAAUGAAAUAAAAUGAGAAGACAAGUUUAGAGAAAAAAGGAUAAAAAGGAAUGAGCAAAGUCUCCAAGAAAUGUGGGACUAUGUGAAAAGACCAAAUUUACGUUUAAUAGGUGUACCUGAAUAUGACAAAGAGAAUGAAUCUAAGCUGGAAAAUAUUCUUCAGGAUAUUAUUCAGGAAAAUUUUCCUAAAGUAGCAAAGCAGGACAAUAUUCAACCCCAGGUAAUAUGGAGAACACCACAAAGAUAUUCCUCAAGAAGAGCAACCCCAAGGCACAUAAUCGUUAGAUUCACCAGGGUUGAAAUGAAGGAGAAAAUACUAAGGGCAGCCAUAGAGAAAGGUCAGGUUACCCACAAAGGGAAGCCUAUCAGACUUACAGCAGAUCUCUCAGCAGAAACUCUACAAGCCAGAAGAGAGUGGGGGCCAAUAUUCAACAUCCUUAAAGAACAGAACUUUCAGCCCAGAAUUUUAUAUCCAGCCAAACUAAGCCUCACAACUGAAAGAAAAAUAAAAUCUUUUAUGAACAAGCAAGUACUCAGAGAUUUUAUUACCACCAGGCCUCGUCUACAAGAGCUUCUGAAAGAAGCAUUACACAUAGAAAGAACCAACCAGUAUUAGCCUUUCUAAAGAUAUACCAAAAAGUAAAGAGCAUCAACAUAAAGAAGAAUUUACAUUAACGAAUGGAUAAAACAGCCAGUUAACAUCAAAUGGCAAUAAUCCUAAAUUUAAAUCAACUAAAUCCCCCAAUCAAAAGAUAUAGCCAAAACCCAACGGCACAUUACAUCCAGACCCAUUUCACAUGCAAGGAUACACAAAGACUCAAAACAAAGGGAUGGAGAAAGAUUUACCAACCAAAUGGAGAGCAAUAAUAAAUAAAUAAAUAAAUAAAAAGCAGGAGUUGCAAUUCUUGUAUCUGAUAAAAUAGAUUUUAAAGCAACAAAGAUAUAGUGGUAAUAGGAUCAAUGCAACAACAAGAGCUAACGAUCCUAACACCCAGAUACAUAGAGACUUAGACUUAAUGAGACAGAAAAUUAAUAAGGAUAUCAAGGACUCAAACUCAGAUCCAGAACAAGUAAACUUAAUAAAUAUUUAUAGAGCUCUCCACUUUAAAUACACAAAAUAUACAUUCUUGUCAAUACCACAUCACACCUACUCAUAGGAUUAAAUGAAACAUUGAUUGGCCAUUAUUAAUACCCAUUUUUUUUUAGAAUAAAGCAACAUUUCACUUCUCUCUCCAUCUUUUUCUUCCUCUUUCUUCCUCUCCUUCACCCCCUUUUUUUCUUUCCUUCUCUCAAAAAAAGAAAAAAAGAAAUCAACUUGUAGACCUCUAGAUCCAGGUCAGCAAUGUCUCUCUCAUUGCUUGAAUUCCUUC